CACACGACUCCUUUGCUUCUCCUUCGUUUAUCUCUGAACUGGCAUGUGAAUACAAACACGACUCUCUCUUUCUCUCUCUCUCUUCUCUCUUUUUCUUCUCUUCUUUAUUGCUCCAAAUCCAAAGCUCUUUAUUUAAACUCCCAGACUUUGCAGCAUUAAAACAGAAAAAGAAAAAUAGAAAAAUCAAAAAGAGUGAGGAAUCAGUGAUGGGGAGGAAGAUGCAGCAAGUGCAUGUGCUUGGUAACCAAAACCAAACAAAGCUCAAGACUUCAUUUUUGGGAUGAUGCUUUUCUCAGACACACCAUCAAAUCCAAAACUGUUUGUUUUUCGUGAUCUGUUUCUGAACGCCACAGAUCAAAUGGCAGAGCUGCUGCUGAUCACAUGCCUUUCACUACUUUUUCUCAUUCAAUAUCAAAACUGAUAAACAGAAAAAGAUAACUGAGAGGAGGCAAUUCUGUUUUCAGUUUUUGUGUUGUUUUUUGUGAGUUUGAAUAACGAGUUACAAGUACAGAAACAUUCCCAAUACGCCAGACAGGCUUCGGUGUUAGAACCAGGAAAAGGACCUUUGCUGGUGUUUUUUGUAAUAGCAAUCUGCAUCCGUGUGAGUGGUUUGUUAUUGCCAGUGCCAUCACUCUCUAUAACCAUUUUGGGACUAAAUUUUCCUUGUGGGAUCAUUUUCGUUCCACUUAUGCUGCUGAGGAACAGAUCAAGAGCAGUGAGCAAGCCAGGUUUGAUGGCUGAUCAUAGCUCUCAGCAAUCCCCCAGUCAAAACUAUGCUAAAACUAUACCCUCUCUAUUUGGGUCACCAAAAUUCAGAGAUUUCACCAACAAGUGUCUCUCCUCUGGAACCGAGGCCUUAAGGAGUCCAACUUCAAUUCUUGAUGCCAGAGCAUUAUCCCCUUUUGCUUUUGGAAAUCCAUUCUCAACUCCUCCAAACAAAAUCUCCCCACCAAGCAGAACUUCCUGGGACAAGCCUGAUUCAAAGGGUCUUGGUCUUGCUCUUGUUGGUGCUUUCAAAGAUGACGAUAACCCAAUUCAUGACCACUCUGAGACCAACAAAGGAAACGUUCUGCUUAGAGUGAAAAUCCCAUUUGAAUCUCAGACGUGCUCUGAUGAUUUUGGAACCAAAACCAAGGAUUCAAAAAACUCAUCAGGGUCAGGAAGUUUUGCAAAGGAUGAUUGUGCUUCGACAUGUGUGAGGGCUCUGUCUUGGAGUGAGAUGGAGCUUUCUGAGGAAUAUACAUGCGUGAUAUCCCAUGGACCUAACCCAAAAACCACACACAUAUUCAAUAAUUGCAUUGUGGUGGAGACCUAUUAUUCUCUCCCCCAAAACCAAAACUCUCAUUCUGCUGCCUCCGCAAAUUUCCUCAGCUUCUGUCACACUUGCAAGAAACAUCUUGACCAGACCAAGGACAUCUUUAUUUAUAGAGGAGAGAAAGCUUUCUGUAGCAGGGAGUGCCGCCACCAAGAAAUGGUGCUGGAUGGAAUAGAAAAUUUAGAGUUUGAAAGCAAUGGGUUUUCUUGACUUCACCAGCGUGCUUUGCAUGCACCGUGGCUCCAAAGUCCUGCAUUUUGAUGAGGAUAAUAACCGGAAAAACGCACAAAGUCAAAUCCAAAUUUUCCAUUCAUCAUGAUUUUAUUACAAGACUAGGAAUAGUUGUAGUAACUAGUUACCAGUUAGUAUUUCAUUGUAAUCAGUAAUGUCCUUUUUUUCCUUUUUAUUACCACCCUUUUUGAAGAAGUCUUUUGCGCUGUUAUUUUCUUUUUUUGCGUCCUCUCCCUUGCAAAUAGAGAUAAGAGAGGAUGUUGUAGAGUUCAUUCCUAGUGAUGACUAAUUUGAUUGCUUCUUCUGGUUUUGGGGUGAAGCAGACGAUGAUGUGUGAU